CCGCAAUCAGGCCUCCAUUCCAUUUUCUUACGGCACAACCUCUACCAUCAUGUGUAACUAUAUCUACAAGGAGCUGGGAUGUCAGCAUCACUACCACCUCGUGGAGUCAUGGUGCCCCAAGUACAUCGAGACAGAACGUAGAUGUCCGCCCACCAUUGUGAGCAAACAAUAUUGGGGGGAUGAUAUCUGCGCGGCGUGCCGUGAGGAACAACAACCCGGCAAAAACCCGUGGGCGAAAGCAACCCAACGACCACCGAUGGGAGAAGCGUAUUGCGAGGCCGAAAGAUGAAUAAGUUACACACCACCACUUUCGGCACAAUGAAGAAUGAGAGAAGGAACCUGUACGGUAUCAAUUUAGAGAGCAAGCGGCGCCAAUAGGCGGGAACUGACGGGGAUGAUAGGUCACCACCAGGGAUUGCAGGGCCAUCUCGGUAGUGCCACCUCUCUGAUCGGGAGAUUCAGUCGGCAACUUACCAAGCUCCUGACCUCCAAUUUGCUUCGGUCAGUUUGGAGUGAUGACUGAGAAAUUUUGGUCACCGUUCAGGGGCAACAGGAUAUAUGUGGGCGCAAGAGGAGUAUGUCUUUGUGUUAGUUAAUAAAGUGCAACUGAUAUGCGU